AAGAGGCAGAGGAAGAGGCAGAGGAAGAGGCAGAGGAAGAGGCAGCGGCAGCAGGUGAAGCCGCCUCCCGCCGCCCGGUCCCGCACAGCGGGGUGGGAGCUGCCGGAGCCACCAUGGGCCGGGGGGGGGGCCUAGGAACCGGUUUAUAAAGGGGGACACCCCUUUCCCUUCGCUGACGUUCGUCGCUUAAAAAGAAGGGAGGGAAAAGAAAACCAAAAAAAACCCAAACAAACAAACCCGUAAUCAUUAAAAAACAAAACAAAAACAAAACCAAAACCAGCAAACCCACCCAAAGCCUCUCGAAAUUUGAUCUACGGCGAAGGCGGGCGGCACCGGCUGGAAAAUGCAUCUCCCUCGGAGCUGCAUCGUCCUCCUCAUCCAGGGGAGCAUCUCUCUGCUGGUGAUCUGUGGCCAAGAAGAACCAGGGGAAGGUGCAGAGCAACGUGAACCCAAGACCCAGGAGAGAGCUCAAGUGCAGAAGAUGAGAAGGCUGCUGUCUCCAAAGUCCCUGUUAACUCCAACCUUACUGCAGAACAUGACCCUCCUGGAGGUGGUGAGCAGCUCACAGGAGUUAUGGGAUAUCCUGGAUAACCUCUCCGAGCCGAACCGCGCUCCACACCCCAGAGGACAGAGGGACUUGGGGCCAGCCUCAGGCAAGCUUAAAAAAAUUUUUGGCUGGGGAGAUUUCUAUUCCAAUAUCAAGACGGUGAAGUUGAACCUCUUGAUCACCGGAAAGGUGGUUGAUCACGGCAACGGCACAGUCAAUGUCUUCUUCCGACACAACUCUACUGGGCAAGGGAACAUCUCCGUCAGCCUCGUCCCCCCCACCAAGGCAGUGGAGUUUGACCUGGAGCAACAGAUCUUCAUUGAGGCCAAAGAAUCCAAAAUCUUCAACUGCCGCGUGGAGUAUGAGAAAGUAGAUCGUGCUAAGAAGACCACGCUCUGCACUUACGACCCAUCUAAGACCUGCUACCACGAGCACACCCAAAGCCACGUCUCCUGGGUCUGCUCGAAGCCCUUCAAAGUCAUCUGCAUCUACAUCACCUUCUACAGCAUAGACUACAGGCUGGUGCAGAAAGUGUGUCCCGACUACAACUAUCACAGCGACGUACCCUACUACCCCUCGGGAUGAUGCGCUCUGCCCAUCGUAGGAUGCCCCGGUGACGAGCGGGUG